AUGGCGGCCUCCAACGGGAGCGAGUAUUUCGAGCUCGACGUCGAGUACGAGGGGGAGAACGCGUUCAUCCGGCCGUCGAACGCGGAAUCGGUGGCGGAGGACGAGGAGGAGCUCCGGUGGGCGGCGAUCGAGCGGCUCCCGUCGCAGCAGCGCUCCAAUUUCGCGCUGGUGAGGCGCACGGCGUCGGAUUCCGGCGGAGGAGGCGGCGAUGGGGGCGGGACGGACACCGUCGACGUGAGGAAGCUGGAUCGGUUCAAUCGGGAGCUUGUUGUGAGGCGGGCGCUCGCCACCACCGCGCAGGAUAACUUCCAGCUGCUUUCCGGAAUUAAAGAGCGCCUCGACAAGGUGGGUUUGGAGAUGCCAAAAGUUGAAGUCCGAUUUGAGAAUCUGCACAUUACUGCUGAUGUGAAAAUAGGCUCAAGGGCUCUGCCAACUUUGGUGAACUAUUCUCGUGACAUGCUUGAGCAUUUGUUAACUAAAUUGAAGAUAUUUCACCCAGAAAGAUAUGCACUGACCAUCCUCAACAACAUCAGUGGGGUGGUAAAACCAGGCAGAUGCCAAGGUUCUAGUGAAGGUUUUUCAGUAUACAUGGAGGAUCUUACCCGUCUUGAGAAGGAAAGCAAUAUACGCCCCCGACCUGAAAUAGAUGCAUAUAUGAAGGCAUCAUCUGUUGGUGGUAAAAAGCACAGCGUGUCAACAGACUACAUGCUAAAAGUUCUUGGUCUAGAUAUAUGUGCAGAAACAUUAGUUGGUAACGACAUGCUUAGGGGUGUUUCAGGAGGACAGAAAAAAAGAGUAACCACAGGAGAAAUGGUGGUUGGGCCUCGGAAAACACUUUUUAUGGAUGAAAUUUCUACGGGGCUUGAUAGCUCUACAACCUUCCAGAUUGUUAAUUGUAUAAGGAACUUUGUUCAUCUCAUGGAAGGGACAGUUCUCAUGGCCCUUCUUCAGCCUGCUCCUGAGACAUUUGAUCUUUUUGAUGAUCUCAUACUACUUUCUGAAGGUCACCUUAUAUAUCACGGGCCUCGUUCUGAAGUCCUUGAGUUCUUUGAAUCAUUAGGUUUCCAGUUGCCACCAAGAAAGAAUGUAGCUGAUUUUCUACAGGAGGUAACAUCAAAAAAGGAUCAAGCUCAAUACUGGGGUGAUCAUUCCAAACCAUAUGAGUUUGUUCCGGUUUCGAAAUUUGCUGAAGAAUUCAGGAAUUCAAGAUUUGGUCAGAAUUUGAAAGGUUUUCUCUCUGAUCCGUAUGAUAAAUCAAAAAGUCACCCUUCAGCUCUGCCCAAAACCAAGUAUGCUGUACCAAAAAGGGAGCUACUUAGAGCAUGCUUUAACAGAGAGUUGCUUCUAAUCAAUAGGCAUCGCUUUCUGUAUAUUUUUAGAACAUGUCAGGUUGCAUUUGUAGGUUUUGUGACGUGUACAAUGUUUCUUCGAACCAGACUACAUCCAACUGAUGUGAUGAAUGGCGAGCUUUAUCUUGCGUGUUUGUUCUUUGGCCUGGUGCAUAUGAUGUUCAAUGGGUUCUCUGAGCUACCAUUGAUGAUAUUUCGACUUCCAGUAUUCUACAAGCAGCGGGAUAAUCUUUUCCAUCCUGCAUGGGCAUGGUCUUUCUCGAGUUUCAUACUUCGCGUGCCUUACUCGGUGAUUGAAGCUAUAGUUUGGUCUUGUGUGGUAUAUUAUACUGUAGGCUUUGCACCUGGAGCUGGAAGGUUCUUCCGUUUUAUGCUUCUACUAUUUUCAGUACACCAAAUGGCGUUGGGUCUCUUCAGGGCAAUGGCUUCUAUUGCAAGAGAUAUGAUCAUUGCUAAUACUUUUGGAUCAGCUGCAUUAUUGAUAAUAUUUUUGUUGGGUGGAUUUAUUCUGCCAAAAGAAAUGAUCAAACCUUGGUGGGUCUGGGCCUUCUGGGUGUCUCCUCUAUCAUAUGGCCAGCGUGCAAUAUCGGUUAACGAGUUUACUGCCACAAGAUGGAUGGAGAGAUCAGCAGGGGGUAAUAUCAGUAUUGGAGACCAGAUUCUCCGCCUUCACAGUUUACCAAGUAGCAAUUAUUGGUAUUGGCUUGGAAUCGGUGCUUUACUAGCAUAUGCCGUUUUUUUCAAUGUCAUUGUGACAAUGGCACUGGCCUUCCUUAAUCCCAAUAAUGGAACACAAAAGAAAGGAAUGAUUCUACCAUUUCAACCAUUGACCAUGACUUUUCAUAACGUGAACUACUUUGUUGAUAUGCCAAAGGAAAUGAGUUCACAAGGUAUACCAGAAACAAGGUUGCAACUAUUAUCCAAUGUCAGUGGAGUAUUCUCGCCUGGUGUUCUCACAGCAUUAAUGGGGUCAAGUGGAGCGGGGAAGACCACAUUGAUGGAUGUUCUUGCUGGUAGGAAGACUAGUGGGUACAUUGAAGGAGAUAUAAGAAUAUCUGGUUAUCCAAAGGAACAAAAGUCUUUUGCUCGUAUAUCGGGAUAUGUUGAACAAAGUGAUAUACACUCACCUCAGGUGACGGUUAUCGAGUCCCUCUGGUUUUCUUCAUUUCUUCGGCUUCCAAAGGAAGUGAAUGAAGGACAGAGAAAAGAGUUUGUUGAAGAGGUGAUGCAAUUAGUGGAACUCGACUCUCUGAGGCAUGCCUUGGUAGGCAUGCCAGGCAGUUCCGGCUUGUCUACAGAACAGAGGAAGCGUUUAACAAUUGCGGUGGAGCUUGUUGCAAAUCCAUCAAUCAUUUUUAUGGAUGAACCUACAUCCGGUCUAGAUGCACGAGCGGCAGCAAUUGUCAUGCGAACAGUUCGCAACACUGUUGAUACUGGAAGAACUGUAGUGUGCACCAUACAUCAACCAAGCAUUGAAAUAUUUGAAGCCUUCGAUGAGCUUCUUUUUAUGAAGCGAGGGGGGCGAAUGAUAUACGGUGGGAAGCUUGGUGAGAGAUCACAAACCAUGAUCAAUUAUUUUCAGAGUAUAAGUGGAGUUUCUCCAAUAUCUGAUGGAUACAACCCUGCAACAUGGAUGCUUGAGGUAAGCACGCCCGCUAUGGAAGAGCAGAUUCGUCAAGACUUUGCCGUGAUAUACCAAAAUUCGCAGCAAUAUCGGAAUGUUGAAGCUUCCAUUCAAACACUGAGUAUUCCUCCCGAGAACUUUGAACCUCUGAAAUUUGAUUCAACAUACUCCAAAGAUCUUAUAUCUCAAUUUAGAAUAUGUUUGUGGAAACAAAAUCUUGUCUAUUGGAGGAGUCCAGCAUACAAUGCUGUGAGAUUGUUCUUUACAACAGUUAGUGCUGUUAUAAUCGGCACUAUAUUUUGGGAUGUUGGUUCAAGAAGGGAUUCAACUCAAAACUUGUUCGUUGUAAUGGGAGCUCUUUAUGCUUCAGUCAUGUUUCUUGGGAUCAACAACUCUUCUUCUGUGCAACCAGUAAUAUCUAUUGAAAGAACUGUUUUCUACAGGGAGAAAGCUGCUGGGAUGUACUCUCCAUAUCCUUUUGCAAUUGCCCAGGGCAUUGUGGAGAUUCCAUACAUCUUUUUGCAGACAGUGCUAUAUGGUAUCAUUACGUAUUUCAUGAUCAAUUUCGAGAGAACAGUUGGCAAAUUUUUUUACUAUCUCCUGUUUAUGUUCCUUACAUUCACAUACUUCACCUUCUACGGUAUGAUGGUUGUUGGUCUUACUCCUACACAAAACGUGGCUGCCGUUGUUUCAUCUGCAUUUUACUCGCUAUGGAAUCUUCUCUCUGGCUUCCUUGUCCCUAAACCAAGUAUACCUGGAUGGUGGAUAUGGUUCUACUAUAUUUGUCCGAUUGCAUGGACAUUGCGUGGAAUAAUCACAUCCCAGCUGGGUGAUGUGGAGACGAGUAUCGCGGGGCCGGGAUUUGAGGGUAGUGUGAAAGAGUAUAUCAAUUUUCGUUUCGGUUAUGGUUCGGGAAUGCUUGGAGUUAGUGUUGCUGUGCUUAUUGGAUUCAGCGUUCUCUUCUUUGCCGUGUUCGCCAUCUCCGUCAAA